ACUUUUUGGCUGCAGAGAUCAAAAUUUUAAUUAUGGGGGAAGAAACUAAAUUUGAGUUAGGCGGCAGGCCCCGCUCCCGCCGCUUUUGGAUAAUUUUGCUCUCCACGAUCAUCGGUGUCCCGGUUUUUGUCAUUUUGAUCCUGCUGAUCGUGGUUUUGAUUCAGGCGGCGGUGAUCACGGCACCGCAGGGCAACAUCGGGAUUUUAAAUGACGCCAAAACCGAGGGCAUCACGGAUGACAAACUUCUGGAGCGAGCAGAACGGUUUGCUGGAGCUCUCCGAAUAGAGACCGUGUCCUACUCAGCGAACAACCAGAAUUUGUCAGAGUUUCCUGUUUUUCACCAGUACUUGCUAGACGGCUUCCCAAAUAUCCAUAACAGGGAUUUCAUCGAAAGAUAUGUGGUGAACGAGUACAGCUUGUUGUACAAAGUGACCGGUUCAACGCCCGGGAAGCUUCCCUACUUGUUGGCGGCGCAUAUGGACGUGGUUCCGGCACCACCAGCCAACUGGAAACAUCCCCCUUUCGGUGGUGUAAUCGAAGACGGCGAAAUUUGGGGUCGCGGCGCCGUAGACGACAAGGGAGGCGUGAUGGGCAUCAUGGAGGCGUUGGAGUAUUGGCUGAGUCAGGGGGUGCAGCCCAAGCGGACUUUUUUCAUUGCGUUUGGCCAUGACGAAGAGAUUGGUGGCAACAACGGAGCACACAAUAUAGCUAUUCAACUCAGGGAAUUGGGUGUUGAAAAGCUUGAUUUUGUAUUUGACGAGGGCCUGAUUAGUAUGACCGACAACAUUUUACCCGGCGUCACCAAACCAGCUGCACUAAUUGCAGUGUCUGAAAAAGGAUUUUUGUACCUAAAACUAGAGGUAACGGGGACAUUGCAGCACUCCAGUUUCCCACCCGCCGAGACCCCAAUUGGAAUUUUGGGCAGAGCCGUGGGCAAAUUGGAAGAACACCAACAACCAAGUGUUUUGGGAACUGGACCUGAAAGUGACGCAUUUCACUAUGUUGCCCCUGAUACCGACUACGGAACAAGGAUUUUGUACGCCAACAUGUGGCUCUUCGGCCCUUUGAUGGCUGCAAUGAUGCAGAAUGACCGACUGCUGGGUCCACUUAUGAAAACCACUACUGGUUUAACCAUUUUCAAUAGCGGUGUAAAAGAUAAUGUGAUUCCGGACAUAGCAACCGCCGUAAUUAACCAUCGAGUUCAUCCAGGUCAAACCAGUGAACAAGUUAUUGAACAUGACCGAUGGGCCAUCGGUGACAACAAAGUCAAAAUUACUGUCACCGGUCAAAUGGACCCCCACCCCGUUUCCCCCUUCGGUCCCGACGCCCUCGCCUACCAACUUAUAUCAACUUCCAUUUACCAAACUUUUGACGAAGUUGUGGUAGCCCCUUGUAUCAUGAUCGCCAACACGGACACGACCCAUUACUUGCCCUUCACUGAAAAGGUUUACCGAUUCAUUCCGACCUUAGUGACUCCGGACGACGUUAGCAGGUACCACGGGGACAACGAGCGAGUCACCAUCAAGGACUACGAACGCAUGGUGAACUUUUAUUUCCGAUUCAUGCAAAACGCCGAUCUGGUUUUUGACUUGGCGCCGGACGAUACGCAGCCCGCGGACGAGUUGUGAUAAGUUGGAUUUUGAAAAUAAAGUAUAAAAUAUUCAGAUUUUCAUUUUUUUCCCACAUUGUUUUCUGCUCCUUUUUCUAUUUUUUGCAAGAGAUUAUGAUUAAUUAUUAAUAAAAUUUCUCAUUUUUCAAAAAUUGUAUGAUAACAAUGUGAUGGAAUAGGACAAAUAAACAAU